UCUCUCUUUAAAUGCGUUUGCUUUUCAUGUUUUUAACCCAAAUCUGAAUAUCUCUGGAACAAGUGCUGUUUAUAAACGAUGAGUACCAAACCGUGUCGACUCAAGCUCGAUUCUAGAAUUUCGGUGUGAAUCAUUUUUGAAAUAUUUGGUUCCUCGUUGUUCAGCGAACCAGUAGGGAUAUUAUUGCAUUAUGGAAGGGGUAACCGAUGGGGAGUAGCCAUACUGUAGAAAUCAACAAAUCUCUUUUAUCAGGCAAGUGGGACACAAGAAUCACCACAACGACAACAACAGUAACAACAACAACAAAUGCGAUUGUUGAUCACAUAUUCGGGGACAAGUACACAAGCAUUUGUCCUGAGUGAUCUGUCCAGGUGGAGGUAGAUUUGACCUCAGCAAAUUUAGCUUGAUUUAUUUGACACUUGUAUGUUAUUUGUAACAAUCUCAAUAGUUGUUCGCUUCGCGAUUCCUUGUCAACCAUCUCCACGUCUGUGUAAAUUUCAAGAUCGAUAGCUUAAAAUAAGUUCAUUCAAUGUGUGCGGAAAAAUUUGCCAUUAUUUCAUCUUAGUGUUCAUUCGAAAUAUAAUUAUCAAUGCCUGCCGAAUGUCGUACAAAUAAUCAAAAUUUUAGUGUUACUUUAAUCUAUUUCCACAAUUGUGCAAACGAAUUCAACCGAGCUGUGAAUGACUUGCUACCAGGUCUGCAAGCAUUUUCUUUUUCUUGGGUGAAAAUGCAUUUGAAAUAGAUACAUGGUAACGGAAAUUGUAUGACAAUGAAAAAAAUACGGCGAUGCUGACUUUUAUGACCGCGGAUCUGGCUGAUUCAACAGGAAAAACGAAUAUUGCCAAAAGAUGUCAGCGAGCUACCAGUUUUGGGUAAUAAGGUUUACCACCUGAAAACAUCAGAAAGGGAUAAUUGCAACUCGCUACCAUAUGCCAGGUAGAAAACACGAGAUGGCUGCCCAAAGCAACACGGCUCUUUCCAACGAUGGAUUUGACUGCGGCAGUUGUAGCGAUAAAGAAGUCCAGAAAAUUGGAAAUGCAAAUGGAUCGAUUCACCUGGUACCCCCAAGUUAUCUCUACAACACAGGAUCUGGGCAGACUACAAGAGAUCUAGACCAGGAGCAUAGCAACCAAGAUCGUGCGUCUGAGGAUGAAUUAGGACCCCUCCCAUCCAAUUGGGAGAAGGCUUACACCGACACCGGAGAAGUAUAUUUUAUCGAUCAUAACAGCGGCACGUCGCACUGGCUUGAUCCAAGGUUGUCCAAAUUUCAAAAACGUUCCUUAGAAGAAUGUUUGGACGACGAGCUACCCUAUGGGUGGGAGAAAAUAGACGAUACCUUGUACGGAACCUACUUCAUCGACCACGUCAAUCGGCGAACCCAAUACGAGAAUCCGGUACUCCAAGCCAAACGGGCUCAGCAGGGCGUGACAGAGUGUCAAAGUCCAGUAUUCACUAGAAACCCUGAAAAAUUAAAGGGGCUAAGAAUACGUAGUACGUUGCUAAAAGGUACCAGAGGACUGGGUUUCACUAUUGUCGGCGGAGAUGACGCUAUUGAAGAAUUCCUUCAGAUAAAAAGUGUAGUGCCAAACGGACCUGCCUGGAUAGAUGGAAAGCUGCAGACUGGCGAUGUUCUUGUCUAUGUUAAUGAAACCUGUGUUCUUGGAUAUACUCACAACGAAAUGGUAAACGUAUUCAAAUCUAUUUCGAGCGGGGAGACUGUCACUAUCGAGGUAUGUCGUGGCUAUCCCCUGCCCUUUGAUCCAAACGAUCCCAAUACCGAAGUGGUGACUACAAUAGCAGUCAAUGCUCCAGAUGUACCGAUUGAAGAUCCAACACUUUACAUGGACAUCAAUUCUGGUAUACAUUCUAACGAUCGUUUCAACUAUGUCGACGAAAACCUUUUACCGGUACAUAAGAUAUCGAAUGGUGAAAACCUGGCAAACACAUCUGUCAAUUCUAUGCCUGAUCUCUGUAUAUCUGAUAAAGUUACAACCAUAAAGCGGCCAAAUAGUACAGAUAUACUGCUGGGAGAAAGGGGGAAUGACGAUGACGAAGACGAGCAUACGGUGGGACGAGAUGUGCAGCAGGAAAACGAUGAGGGGGACGAAGAAGUCGGAGAAGACGAAUCCCGAUCUUACAAGGAACGACAACAGCCUCCGGUAACACCUGCCAAGCCCGAGUUUCUUAGCAUAUUGAUUGUAAAAGGUACGAUGGGGUUUGGUUUCACGAUAGCAGACUCGGCGCAUGGACAGAAAGUAAAAAAGAUCUUGGACCGGCAGCGCUGUAAAAAUUUGAUGGAAGGUGAUAUAUUGGUUGAUAUAAAUGUGACAAAUGUAAGAAACAUGUGCCAUUCAGAGGUUGUGCAAGUGCUCAAGGAUUGCCCAAGGAACAAAGAAGCUCUUAUCCAUGUUCAGAGAACCCACAGGAUUAAGGAUAAAAAGGAAAGGAAUGCGGCAGAGUCCUUCAGGAGCAAAACACCGACUGCCGACCUCUAUAGCACGCUAUCAAAGACCACUCUGCCGAGUAGGCCAAAGACUCCGUUAGUUGAUACCAGAACGACCCGGCAUAGGCCCAAAACUCCCACCACUGCCAGCGCCGAGGUGGACAACUUGGGCUGGUCCGCCGAGACUCGGGUAGAUUCCAAUUCGAUAAACGGUCACCGUUAUAGAUAUGCAGACUUAACCGAGCCUGUGAACUAUACGGAUGCGCUGUACAGGGGGAACAUAACCAUGCACUUGCCUGAGACCUUUGCUGCUCUUGCCAAACUGGAUGACGAACCCGGUAGAAAUUCAGACAAGUCAUGUUGGGAUGCUGGGAAAGAGGAUAGCCAAAAUGACAAAGGUGGAUCAAGGUCAGAUGUAUAUUCUGUCGAUAUUCCUCGUCUCGAUGGAUCACCACACAAACAGAACGGUGGACGAAUUGUAGAAUACAAUUACGAAGAGCCGUACCUAGGGCAAUCGCACCGACAAUACACGGAACAACAGUUCGAUUACCAUCCCUAUGGCGUUGGCCAGGAACAAAAUGUCGACACUGGGGAGAUCUGGGAAAAGCGUAAGGAGACGACGAGCUUUGAACACGAACAACCACACUCGGGUCCCCUUGCCAGGUACCAUCAGCAAUACGGGAAUGAAUUACUUUGCCCUGUAACACCAGGUAUCGAGUGGGUUGAAAUGCUGGUUACACUGGUGCGACAAAAUACUGGGUUUGGUUUUCGAAUAGUCGGGGGUACAGAAGAAGGAUCACAGCAGGUUUCGGUUGGACAUAUCGUCCCAGGUGGAGCCGCUGACCUGGACAAUCGAUUGAUAACAGGUGACUUAAUAAUGUCAGUAGACGGGGAGAGUGUAAUGAAUUCUUCGCACCAUCACGUUGUUCAACUCAUGAUAGCGGCAGCACAGAAUGGCCGAGUAACGCUCGGUAUUCGACGUCGCAUCAAUAUUCAGGAGACCCUACAUAUGUCCUACGAUCGCCACCAAAAUGUACAAUAUCCAUAUGACAUAACUGUGUCUCGCAUGGAGAACGAGGGUUUUGGAUUCGUUAUUAUAUCCUCACUGAACAAGGCUGGAUCGACAAUUGGAAGGAUUAUAGAAGGAUCGCCUGCGGAAAGAUGUGGCCAAUUGAAUGUCGGGGAUCACAUUCUAGCGGUGAAUCACGUCGACAUCACUAACGUAUGUCACAAGGACAUAGUCAACCUGAUAAAAGACUCGGGUUACUCUGUGACACUGACAAUAGGUUAUCCGCUAGAUGAUUGCUGCAGUACCAUGUCAUUAUCACAAAAAGAUGAAACGGCCGGAGAUGGCGAUGGCGGACAAUACCAUGCCGUUGAGUUGACGAGGGGUACUCGAGGGUUUGGAUUUAGUAUCCGAGGUGGACGAGAAUUCCAAAACAUGCCAUUAUUCGUUUUACAAAUCGCCGAGAACGGGCCGGCGUCAGUCGACAGUAGGCUUAGGGUUGGCGAUCAAAUCAUUGAAAUAAACAGCAUAAACACGAAGAACAUGACACACACAGAAGCAAUCGAGAUCAUUCGUAAUGGGGGACCAUCCGUUCGACUGUUGGUCAAACGAGGUUGCCAGAUGCCUUCCGUUGUUGGUGCUCCACCUCAUUUGUACGACAUGAAUAUAUGAAGAAUGGAUACAUGUGUAGUCGCACAUUGAAGAAAAUCAGAGAUUAGGUUGACCAUUAUGAUCAUUAGAUAUCGACUUUCCUCUGAAGACCCUUCAGGGAGAGUCCAGCAAACAAGAUUCCAUGAUGCGGCAAAUUUCACGUAUAUAUUAGUGGUGUACAAUCAUAGACCGGUUUAAAAUCACCCGUGUCAUUUCAGGAGGUUUAAUCAAAUUGUAGCAGAAAACACCAGUGGUAUUCAAUAGGUCAGAAUCUAUCUCCAUAGAUGUUCAUACGCGUGACUGACGAUACGAAUUAUACAUAUGUGUACAAUCACAAAGCACACAAUUCAUGGUGAAGAAUAACGAAGACGGAGCAGAUGCUGACUUGCAUCUUCUUAAAUAUCCCAAAGGCCAGUUUGUGUCAUCACAGCGGCACUAAUGAACAUACAGUUUGUUUAUUACAUCUCAUCGCAGCUUUAUUACAGAAAGUUACGGCGCGUCGAAAAUAAAUUUCCACCUAACAAGCUCGGAUUUGGUGCUUCCCUAAGUGUAGCGACAGUCAAGUCCCCCUGAAGACCCCCGCGAAAACUACGAUUAAACCAAGAAAAUAAUCUGACGUUUGCCAGACUCUCCCACGAGGCUCUUUACGUACAGCCAUUUUCUCCCUGUCACUUCCCCUCUCUCAGCGUUGCAGACUAGUGCUAUAACAAAAAGUCCUAGACAAUGCAACUAAACAAAUAUGCUUUUGUGACAUCAAUUAUUUUGAAUACUGAUUAAACCCUUCCAACUGUACCCUCUGUUUAAGUCUAAAUACGUCUUGAAUCUGUUACUUAUCGCUGGUAUAAAUGUCAGUGACUGAGACUCCGAAUCUGACUUCUAUAAUCAAUGUUACAUGGUAGGCAAAGAUUAAAAUAACCGUUAGCGGUAUAGUACUUUAGGACUGCAUUAACUUGUUUAACUUUUUUAAGAGAUUAAAGUUAAACAACCCUUAACACGGAUUGGCUUUAAUCCACUUGAUCUAUUGACCUAGUGUUGAAAUACAUGUAAACAUAAUUUAUAUCGUAUAGUUGAAAUCACCGACAUAGUAUUUAAGUAUCCUAAUUAAUAAUUUACUGGCCAUCUCAUUGUAAAUUACGUUCGCUCUAUGGUUCGAUCUGGUUACAGCUGUCUUGCAUUGUUGCUUGCAAUUCGAUUGUAUUACUUGAUUGAAUGAUGAAAUGAUUCAAUUUUUGCUACCGAGAACGCGUCGUUUAGCCUUGAAAAUAUUGUGAUAGCUUCGUAAAAUCGUGCCUUUGAUAUGUUCGAUGCUAACAUCGAUAGAUUUUGAACAUGGUUAGAACAUUUUUAUAUUUCACGCAAUUCUCCACGAAAUAAAAAAAUGAAAAGUAUACACCAGAUCGGUCGUAACCGAUAGAAAGCUAUAGUAUAUACAUACGUGAUAUGGCUAUUACCCAUGCAACUCAUGAGCGUAUAUGAUACAAACACACACACACACACACACACACACAUGUUUUAAUUUCACCUUAAGUUUAUCUAUGUAUUUGGUAGCUCGAGUACAGAUGUUAUUUGGCCAGCUCUGGUAUAGGAACCAAAACGUACUGAAACAAUAGUGGAUGUGUGACAAAAGCUAUACCAUAGCGCAUUUUGAUUAUUGAAACAGACACGCGCCAUGAAAUGCCUUAUCUGUCUAGCAUUUAGAAUAUGAUGUAAGGUGAAUCUUUGCAAACUUAGGAAAUGGAUACGACUGAUUUGUUCAAUAAAAUUAAAAUUACAACACGAGCUGUGCUGUAU